AUGGUGCAUGGCAUUAUUAACUUAAGAAGCAUCUUUUACUCUGAAGUUGGAAUUGGGAUCUUGGCCAACACCGUCCUCUUUCUGUUCCAAGUCAUCAAGUUCCUGUGUGAAAAGAGACUCAAGGACACGGACUUGAUCAUCAGUCUCUUGGCCCUAACCCACCUCCUGAUGCUGCUCACCAUGGGGUUCAUAGCUGCAGACACUUUUACAUCUCAGGUGGGGCUUUGGGGUGAUUUCACUUGUAAAUCAGUUGCCUACUUGUACAGGUUGAUGAGGGGCCUGUCCAUUUCUUCCACCUGCCUGCUGAGUGUCCUGCAGGCCAUCACCCACAUGCCCAGAAGCUCCUGCUUGGCAAAGUUCAAGCCUAAGUCUCCACAAGACAGCAUAAGGUCCCUUCUCUUCCUGUGGGUCUUAUAUAUGUCCUUCAGUGCCCACUUCUCCAUCUCUGCUUUUCACAACUCCACUGUGACCUCACAGGGCCUUAUAUUCCUCACUGACUCCUGCACUAUCUUACCCAUGAGCUACUUUUUCAGGCAUUUGUUUACCAUCCUGGGUGCAUUACAGGGUGUCUUCCUUAUAGGGCUCAUGGCCCUCUCCAGUAGGUACAUGGUGACCCUCUUGCAUAGGCAUAAGAGGCAUUGCCAGUACCUUCAUGUCACCAGCUCCCCAAAAGCCUCCCCAGAAUGGAGGGCCACCAGAGUCAUUCUGGUGCUCAUGGGAAUUUUUGUGCUCAUUUACUGUUUGGACUGCAUUGUCUCCUUCUCAAGAACCAUGUGGAACAAUGACCCUGUGUGCUAUUCUGUCCAGAUCAUGGUGUCCAAUGGCUAUGCCACCAUCAGUCCUUUGGUUUUUGUCUGCACAGUGAAACAAUAUGUAGAUUUUUUGAAAUGUUUGUGGGAGAAGGACAGUCAACAUUGA